CACUACUAGAUGUUAACCCUUUAGCCCCCAAGCAGAGCAACAAUGCAGUUAAAGACACACUAUAUACUGGUUAGUUAACCCCUUCACACACUAGCAAUCUAAUACAGUGAUGACUGGUAGUUAUUCUUCAGCCCCAACAAUCUCUGGGGAAUUAACCCUGUAACAGUAUAGGGGUGUCACAGAAGACACUCUGUGGUUGGAAGGGUGGUCCAGUCGUGUAGGGGGCCCUAAAUAUUGCUGGAGUUAACCUCAUAGGCCCCUGGCAGGGCAAUAUAGAGACAUGACCCGGGGGCAGUAUGAGGGUCCCCCCCAGUAGCAGAGGAAUGCAGUGGGGCGUGUGAAUACCCCUUGGGUUGGGGAUCACAGCAGGAUGGGAUGGGGGUGCACAUUUUAUCAGCCUCCUUAGCCUCCUGCGCUGGGGCAUUCCCACCGUUACCAUAGAGACCAAGUGACACAUUGCCUGUCUAUAAAACAGUCUUAGCCCCAAACAAAAGGCAGCGGCCGGGAGUCAUUGUGCUCAAAGGCAACACAAAAGCCUCAUCAAAUAACUGGACUGAGCUCCGCCUGCCUCCUGGGGUCCCUGGGAGUUUGUUUAGUGAGGGCUCUGUCUGGGGCCACAGCUGUUACACACGGACACACAGACACCUUCCUUGCACCAGCACCCACUGCAAUCUAAAUAUGGGCACCAGCACCCACCGCAAUCUAAAUAUGGGCACCAGCACCCACCGCAAUCUAAAUAUGGGCACCAGCACCCACCGCAAUCGAAAUAUGGGCACCAGCACCCGGAGCUGUUUGCUGUCAGUCGUCUUUGUGCUGCUGAGUUUUAUGGUACCGGCCGCCCAGUCCCUAGAAACAGUAAACCUAGUGGACUUCUGCGGCCAAACAGUCAGAGGGGAUGGAAUGAUCGUUAACUCCCACAGCGAGUCGAGGAAAUAUUACUUUGUCUCCAUGGGGACGGACUGCCGACUGACCAUGCAAGCCUCCUCUCUGAAGGACAAUGUUCAGUUCCAGUUCCGCUUUUUCCUGGUCUACAGCCUCCUACGCAUGUCCAAUACCCAAAGUGAGGCAUCUGGGCCAGGAACUAACAAAACUGCCCAAGGUUCCUCAGUUCCAGAGGAAACAAAAGCAACUGGGUCAGGACAGGGAAGUCAGUAUGAUCCAUGUAAUUCUGGGUCCUACGUUCAGUUCUAUGAUGGAAAAGACCAGAAUUCUGAGCCACUAGGGACUCCUCUAUGUGGGAAGACCAUCCCGAGGCCCAUCCUCUCUACUGGAAACUUCCUGACCUUGCGACUUGUCACCAGAGGUCAACAGCCAAGAGUGGACUUUGUGGGCGACUUUACCUCUUUCAGAAUAGGGUUCAACAGCAGUGAAUGCAGAUCUGAGCCGUACUUCCACUGUCACAAUGGCAAGUGCAUCCCGUCCAGCCUGGUCUGUGACUCUAAGAACAUAGACAAUUGUGGGGAUGGGAGUGACCAGUCCCCUAAUGCCCCAGUGAGCUGUACCCCCAGCUCUGCAGAUAAGCAGGGCACCAGCAAAGGUGGCACUGGGACACGGAGCUUUGGAGAAGUAUUGGCCACCCCUACAGUCAGCUUGAAAAUGUUAGAGGAAACAACGUUGAAUCUAAACUACAGUAAUGCUAGGAACCACCAAGUUCUUCAUCCAGAUAGUGACCAUCCACACGGCACAACAGGAGAGAGUAAGUCGUACACCUCCCUCCUCUACCUGUAUGUGAUUCUGGGACUGGUGGUGGGAGUGGCUUUGCUGUUUUGGUGCUGCUGGUCCCCUGGUUGGUUCAUAUGGAGAAUCAGCGUCUGUCGGUUCAUCCCCUGCUGCAACUCCUUCUGCGCCUCUUGUCACCUCUGCACCCGCAGCUGCACCUUUAAGGAAAAGAGCCGACCUGGGAAAGUGACCCCACAGAAUGCAGCCAUGACUGUGCCCGUGUGAAGGGCUAAUUACAUGCCAGGCCCUGCUGCCAAGAACUCACCAACUUUGGUGGCCUCCAGACACUACAGCCUCACUACUGAGGAGGACCAUGGUGUCUAUAAAGUUCUACCUCAUUGUAGCCACAGCCUAGCGAGAUCCUUAACUUAUUUCUGUCCCAAGAGACACACAUUGUCCGACUGCAGAGAAGUGGUCGUGCCCGGGAGGCAAGGGGACAGUCAGACAAUGGAUGCUUCCAGCGAGCUUUCUUUUGUAUUUAUGAGCCCAAAUAAAUUCAUUGGAAACCAGGAAGGCAACAGAAUGCUGCUGAGAGAAUUAGACACAAUUUCUGGGGGUAAAUAGCAGGGGGUGGAGGUCCCACUUCAGGGCUGUCAUGGGGCAGUAUAGGAACAUUUCCACCCUUGAGUUAAAUAGCAGCUGGAGGCUACAGGCACAGCCAUGAUAUAAGUUCAUACAUGUUCUAGAUGCAGACCCCUGCUUUCACUUGCUACAGAUAGUUCUUCUCCAUGGAGUUGGAGCGACACCCAGACAUAUGUGGAGCUGUAGGCAAAGAUGAACAGCAAAGACUCAGAGACCACCCGUAAGCAGACCUGGCUCUACAGAAAACCAUAGAAUCGAAUUUGCCUCUCAGGGUAGUACCCCCAAGUGCACAAUAAAUCUUUUCUACUUGAUUUCAA